ACUAACGGAGUGACCUUUGGACCCACACAGCUUCACAUGGACUCAUCAUGUGACCCACCUGACUCAUCGGGGCUUUUAUUCUGAAAUGCCAUUUUUAGAAGAAGUGACGUCAGGUGAAGCUGCGCUGUGUUCCGGUCUGUGUACAGAUGCUAGUGUCUAAAAAGCAUUCUGCAAGUUUUAGGUUCGGUUCGGUCAGAGAUCACCUCAGAUAUCCGGAGAAGGAGCUUUAAGAGUCGCAGAAUCGGACAGCAGCGGAGCCGGAAGGAAGCUGCAUGGCUGCGGUGGUUUCUGCGGGAGGCCCGCCUCUUAUCAUGGAGAACGGACAGCCCACAUCCACCACCCCCACCACUACAACCACCACCACUAAGCUGGGCCUACCGCCACUCACCCCCAACCAGCAGGAGGCGCUGCAGAAGGCCAAGAAAUAUGCAAUGGAGCAGAGCAUCAGGAGCGUGUUGGUCAAACAGACUCUGGUGCAGCAGCAGCAGUUCACCAGCCUGCAGAUGGCUCCUCUGACCAUGGGUUUAGGAGACGCUCUGUCUCCUCUGCAGUCGGUGGCAGCUCAGCGGCAGAGAGCUUUGGCCAUCAUGUGUCGAGUUUACGUUGGCUCCAUCUACUACGAGCUGGGUGAGGAUACCAUCAGACAGGCUUUCAUUCCCUUUGGACCAAUCAAAAGCAUCGACAUGUCCUGGGACUCCGUCACUAUGAAGCACAAGGGUUUUGCCUUCGUGGAGUAUGAAGUACCUGAAGCAGCUCAGCUGGCUCUGGAACAGAUGAACUCUGUGGUCCUCGGUGGGAGGAACAUCAAGGUUGGGAGGCCGAGUAACAUUGGCCAGGCUCAGCCAAUCAUUGACCAGUUGGCAGAGGAAGCGCGUGCCUUCAACAGAAUCUAUGUGGCCUCGGUGCACCCAGACCUUUCUGACGAGGACAUCAAAAGCGUCUUUGAGGCCUUUGGGAGAAUCAAGUCAUGCAUGUUGGCCCGCGAGCCAACCACCGGUCGGCACAAAGGCUACGGCUUUAUCGAGUAUGACAAGGCGCAGUCGUCCCAGGACGCUGUGGCUUCCAUGAACCUGUUUGACCUGGGGGGUCAGUACUUGCGGGUAGGAAAAGCUGUGACUCCACCCAUGCCUCUCCUCACGCCGACAACCCCUGGAGGACUCCCUGCAGCUGCUGCUGUGGCUGCGGCUGCCGCCAGUGCAAAGAUCACAGCUCAGGAUCCGGUUGGAGCAUCGCUGCUCGGGCCUUUGGCAGGACCAGCGCUUCUUUCUCAGCAGCUCGGACUUCCUCACGCUGUCAUGGCUGCCCAGGCGCCAGGGGUCAUCACAGGUGUGACCCCAGCCCGGCCUGGCCUGCCUCACGUGGGGCUGGUUAACCCGGUGCUGACCACGCCCCCGUCGGUAAUGGCUUCGCUGGGCUCAGAGCUGAAGAAGAAGGAGGAAGAGCACCAGCAGGAGGCGCAGCAGGACGGAGCCUCAGAGCCACUAAGUGAGCAAGAGCAUAUGAGCAUUAGCGGCAGCAGCGCGCGUCACAUGGUGAUGAGGAAGCUGCUCCGGAAGCAGGAGUCCACCGUCAUGGUCCUCAGGAACAUGGUCGGCCCAGACGAUAUCGACGAUGACCUGGAGGGAGAGGUGACGGAGGAAUGCGGGAAGUUCGGCCAGGUGAAGCGGGUCAUCAUCUACCAGGAGCGUCAGGGAGAGGAGGACGAUGCCGACGUCAUCGUCAAGAUAUUCGUGGAGUUCUCGGAAGCGGCCGAGAUGAACCGGGCCAUCCAGGCCCUCAACAACCGCUGGUUUGGGGGACGGAAGGUGGUGGCUGAGGUCUACGACCAGGAACGCUUCGACACCAGCGACCUGUCAGCAUAGAACCUGGAGAAAACCUUUGGAACGUAGAACUCACUGACCUCUUUCCAACCCGUCUGGUUCCUAAGGUGUCCGUUGCCAUAGAAAUGCUUCUUCUUCAGGUUGUUUCUGAUCAGGACUUGCGGACGGGACCGAACUGUUGUUUCUCCUGUUUUUAUUGAAGAUCCGAACUGAAUGUUCCCAUCAGGCUCCUUAUUUUUCUCCUGCAGGUACAGGUUCCUUCACCCAGAGCUUCUCUGAAACCUUCUGAGCUUUAAUGCCGGCAGGUCUCAGGACAGACCUGGAUCUGGACCUUUUUCUGGCAGGCAAUCUGGUUCCGGUUGUUGUCCAGAAAAGAACAGGGAGGAAGUAGCUUAGGUCCAAAUGGGACCUCUGCAGGUUGGUUUGGAGCCGAAACAUCUUGGAGUUCUGCUUCUGUUUUUAUGAACGCAGCGUUCCGGUUUGUUCUGUUUACUGAACGCAGCGUUUUCCAGGUGUCAGUCAGCAGCACCUACAUGGAUUCUCAGAACUGAACGAACAGAACUGUGUGACAGGGAACCAAGCUGUGUUCUGCUGCUCUUCAGGGUGUUGCAGGUCAAACAUUAAACAUGUGAAUAAAGAUUUUACAGCUGUUUAAA